AUGCCUGCAAGUACCAUUAUGCAUGGCGGAGAACUGCAACUAGAUGCGCUGUUUUCGUUCAAGUCCAAAUCGAGAUCUCAGGCCUCGCCGCCACCUGAAUUCACUCAAGCGUUCCUACUAGAUUCGACCCGGCUACUUUCGGGUCUCUUUGGCUCAUACGGAAAUGUUGAAUACGCGAUUGCUACCUCUGGUGAAAAGACGGUGAUCUCGCGCCCUUCUCGAUCGACCAAUGUGGGUAUCAUUCACUGGAAGGAAGGUUGGGUAGAGACAGAAGGAUUGAGGAUAAUUCGAAACGAGUGGAUAGAUCAAUCCAAGUGGUCUGCAUCACAAACGCACGUAUUUCAAAAGUGGGGAAGGAAUCCCGAGAUUAAAUGGUCGACCAGGAAUGGCGAAUGGGAGGCGACGAACUCAAAGGGAGAAGUUCUGGCCGCGUUCGUUGUCCGCCGUGGGGCACUUGGUACUCGCAUCGAGCUCACGGAUAUUGGGAGACCCUAUACAGACGCGCUUGUUCUGACCGGAAUUAUAACCGCAACGGGAGAGGAAGAAUGGAGGUGGCACACCUUCCUACAGGCUAGGAGAGACGCAGUAGAGGCUACGAGCACUCCUGGACCUGAACCUGGAGCAACAGCAGAUACACCCAACCAACCAACGGAAGAAACAUUGCCAACUUACCGAGAGGCACCGUUUACUCGUCCGCUUGGCCCUCUGUUAACACCUUCGUCAAUUCCAGCUCAUAGGGAUAGCAGACCUGAUAUACCCACUGAUCGGCCGCUCAAACUCACGCUUGCUUCGCGUCAUCCUUUGAACGGAAUUUGGUAUGAAGAAGACCAACCCAUAGUGAAUGUGCGAACCAUUGGACCACGGACAAUAAUUGGCGUGUUUGUUCAUAAUACAUCGGAUACGGAGCCGACUGUCAAGGUUGCCGGUACGAUUAAUUGGGCCGAAGGCAAAGUCACGGUUCUUGGAUCCAACAUAGACAUGAACACCAUGUUCAGCAAAAUCAAAAACUCUAUAUUUUCCAAGACAAACAAGUGCGCCCCUGACUAUGCUUUGAAAGAAACACAGCUAAUAUCAAAGAUUUACAGAAAGUCUCAAGUAUGUACGCUCCAUACUCUGACUUCCCAUUGGACUGCCACACCACAAACCUCGCCCGCGUCUAUAUACCCGGAUCCCAAUGCGCAUAUUCGCUACGAAUGCCGCACUGCACCUCCGCAAAACCAUCCCCUUGCACUACUCAUACAUUACUUGAAAAGAAAGGGUACAACUAUUGAAUUGACGCCAGAGGGACACAGCGUCUUAGUCGAAAUAUUUACUGCGGUGUUGGUAUUGAUCUACGGUACCACAGGGGAAUGGAAAAAGCUUACCGGUGUAGGCACCAAUGUCAGUGGCGAGGGCCCAGAACUGGUGCUUGGAGAGGAAAUGGUGUCGGAUUUGGACGGAUGGGCUGGGCCGGUGGAAUUGAUGAGGUUAAGACAGCAAGGGGGAGAGCAGAGCUAG